CAGCUCAGAUGAGAGUUUUGGAUCUUUGAUGGAACGGAUAAAGAAGCGAAGUCUGCCCCGCAAACCAGUCCUGAGCACAAGUAAAUCUGUGUUUCAGCCAAGCACAACAGAAAACAUCAAGCCACCCUGCAAAGAUGCACAGCCUGUGAAAGGGGAGGGAGUCAAGACACCAAAGCCAAAAUCCAUUUCACUUCAAGGAACACCUUCCAUGAUAACAACUCCUGCAAGAAUUCCUGGCAAUGGAUCAGUCAGUUGCUCACAGUCAGCAAAGACAGAGAAAAGGCCCAGGGUAUGUUCAGUGCCUGGUUGUUUCUUGCAAGAUCUUUCAAAUCCAGCCUCCCAGUAUGUGAAGUAUUUCAAGAAAAAUAAAGAGGAGCUGGCCCAGAAGCUCUACAGGCUGUUUAAUAGUACUAUCUUUGAGCAGAAGUUGCCAGAGGACAUGGAAAUAAUCUGGAAUAAGAAAAUGAGGAAGACAGCGGGGUACUGUGUAACGGGGCAGAGGGGAGGCCCUGAAGGGAAGCGUUACGCUCGCAUUGAACUCUCUGAGAAGGUCUGUGAUUCUGCAGAUCGCCUGCGGGACACGCUGAUCCACGAGGUUUGCCACGCAGCCACCUGGCUCAUCAGCGGCGUGCGGGACGGGCACGGGCGCUUCUGGAGGUUCUAUGCCAACAAAGCAGCUGUCAUUCACCCAGAGCUGCCAGUGGUGACACGCUGCCACAGCUAUGAGAUCAAUUACAAAUUCACCUACGAGUGUGGUCGCUGCAAAGCUACGAUCGGGCGGCACUCGCGGUCCCUGGACACGGCGCGGUUCGUCUGCGCCUUCUGCGGGGGGCAGCUGGCCCUGAGGCAGCCCCCGGGCAGGGGGGGCACCCCUGCCAGGACACAGCUCACGCCCUUUGCCAAGUAUGUCAAGGAAAACUAUGCCCUUGCUAAGAGACAGCAGCAUGGGCUGAGUCACGCAGAGGUCAUGAAGAAGCUCAGUGCUGAUUUUGCUGUGAAAACCAAGCUGGAAGAUUCCUUCUGAUAUCUCAAUAUACCUCCUUUCUUGGUGCUACUUACAUUUUGUAUAGAGAGUAGUGAAAUUUCUGAGCAGCACUUACACAUAGCAUGUCUUCAGUGACUCCAGUGAGUAAGGGAUUUACUGUUUAAUCUGGGCAGCUGAUAUGCUGUAGACUCUGUGUGUGUGCUGAAGAACUGCUCCCUGUGCAUCUGGCUGCAAUUGCCAGAGGCAAGAAAGUCCAAGCCCACCAGCCUAAGUCCUCUGAUUCUGAAUGACUCCAAGGCAGGAAAAGGGGCAUACCUGAGUUGGGCUUCAACAUGGUUCAGAUAUUCUCCCAUGUAGACUUCCCUGAGAGAUGCUUGGCUGUUUUUGUUAAAAUUAAGUGGUAGGUAGAUGGUGCCUUAAAUCCAUUAACAGAAUAUGUGAAUUUCUCCAAAGCCCUUUAACUCUCAGUAAGUAGUGUACCUCUAUCCUUGAGAUUUCACAGGAACUAAAAUAGAUGCAGAAAAUCAGGUUGGGGAAAGCAGAUUCAAACUUUCCCCAAGGAUGAGUAGGUCUUGUCGUGGCUUAAGUCUCAUAUGAAAUGCAGCAAUGUGUGUUAUAGUGUUUGUCCCUUCUGUAAGCAAAUUGCUCAGGGGCUUAAUAAUUCUGAUAAUCAAUAAAUGCCAGUUUAAUA